UCGAAGCACACAACUUUCCAUUUUGGCUAAACCCUAAAAGGUGUUCUUUGUUAUUCUUGAAAAGAAAAAUAUAAAAUUUUACAGAGUUUGUUCAUCAAGGAACGAAUUUGUACGAUUUGUCGUUUUAAGAGAUGAUUGUCAGUUCAAAUAUGGGAGCCGAAGCCGAUAUCAUAUUUCGCCACCAAGUUGUUGAUGUAAUGUCGAUUUCCACCCAAGUUUCUCGCUUCGAUUCGGUUGCAGCUUGUGCUGAGACCAUUGGAGAUGCUGUUAUUGAGUCAUCUGUUGUCAAAUUUGUGCCAAGAAUUCGUUCUGGUAGCUGUGCGAACAUUGGUCCACGGAGAUCUAUGGAGGAUGAACACAUAAGGAUUGAUGAUCUAUCUUCCCAUCUGGGUUCUAUCUUUAAUCCUUCGAUUCCAAGUGCUUUUUAUGCCGUUUUUGAUGGUCAUGGUGGUGUGGAUGCCGCUGCUUAUAUCAAGAGCAAUGCUACAAGGUUAUUUUUCGAAGAUUUUGAUUUUCCGCAAGUAUCUGAUAUUGAUGCUGUUUUCUUGAAAGAGUUGGAGGAUUCUCAUAGGAAGGCGUUUUUGUUGGCUGACCUUGCCUUGGCUGCUGAAAGCAGUGUUAGCAGUUCUUGUGGAACAACAGUGCUGACUGCUCUUGUACUUGGAAGGCAUUUGCUAGUUGCAAAUGCUGGUGAUUGCCGAGCUGUUCUUUGCCGAAAAGGUACUGCUGUUGAAAUGUCUCAAGACCAUAGACCAUCUUACUUGCCGGAGCGCAAGCGAGUUGAGGAAUUGGGUGGCUUCAUUGAUGAUGGGUAUCUUAAUGGUUAUCUUUCAGUCACAAGAGCUCUUGGAGAUUGGGACAUGAAAUUCCCUCUUGGAUCAGCAUCUCCUCUGAUUGCAGAGCCAGAUGUUAGACAGAUUGUAUUAUCAGAGGACGAUGAAUUUUUGAUCAUUGGUUGUGAUGGCAUUUGGGAUGUCAUGUCAAGUCAGUUUGCUGUCGGCCUGGUUCGCCGUGCUCUAAGACGACAUGAUAAUCCGGAAGAAUGUGCCAAAGAAUUAGUCAAUGAAGCAUCGCGCCUGAAUUCAUCAGAUAACCUCACUGCAAUCGUCAUCUGCUUUUCUUCCCCUGCUCGUGUUGAGUCAUGCCCUCCCCAUCGGCGAAGGUUUAGGAGCUGCAAUCUAUCUGAGGAGGCUAGGAAUAAGUUGAAGAGCUUGUUAGAAGGCAAUUGAAUCUAAAUGUGCAGACAAAUUUAUUUCUCGUUUAUUUACUGUUCUUUUUGGGUUACUCCUAGAAACUGUUGCAAUCUGUUUUUAGGCUGUUUCAGAGAGUUUAGGAAAAAAAGCGGCCGACAGUUUUGUAGGUGUGAGAGAGUGCAAAAUAUCGGAUUGUGUUUUUUAUUUUUAUGAUGUUCUGGUGGUGUAACACUACAUUGCAGGAUUAUUUUUAAUUGGUUGUAAUGGGUUUUUGAUCACUUCAA